AUGACUGAUAGUGUCUCCAAGUACGUCUCCAAAUUGUCUCCCAUUGUGGAUUAUGGAACAGGUGCAUUUUUACUGAUUGUUGCCGUUAUGACCAUCGUGGGGAACGGGGCAGUUUUGGUGGCCGCCCGAAAGAGGGCUUCCCGUCUGAAGCCCCCGGAGCUCCUGAGCGUGAACCUGGCUUUCACUGAUCUGGGAGCAGCCGUGACCAUGUACCCGCUGGCCAUCGCCUCGGCCUGGAACCAUGGCUGGCUCGGGGGAGAGGCCUCCUGCAUUUACUACGGCCUGAUGGGCCUCCUCUUCGGAGUCGCCAGCAUCAUGACUCUCACCAUCAUGGCAGUGGUGAGACUGAUCACGACAGCUAUGUCUCAUAUUCCAGCCAGCAGGGUCCCGAGCUGGACAAGAGUCUGGAGGGCAAUCGUGGCAGUGUGGCUCUACUCCCUGCUGUGGUGUCUGUUCCCUCUGAUUGGUUGGGGGAGCUACGGCCCUGAGCCUUUUGGCACCGCCUGCUCCGUCACCUGGACUAAUUCCCAUCAGUCCUGGAACAGGUCGACCUUUGUGCUCCUCUUCUUCACCCUCUGUGUCCUGCUCCCCUUGUCCACACUGAUGCUGUGCUACGCCAGGAUUGCCUACACACACUAUCAGGUGUACCGCACCUUAAAGCACCACAGGACAAUAUCCAUAUCCAACCAGACCACCCGGAGGCUCACUCUGAUGUCUGUAAUGGUCAGCGCUGGUUUUGUGGUCAGCUGGGGGCCCUAUGCGGCAGUCAGUGUGUGGUCAGUGUUCUGCGCCAACGAGAACAUUCCGCCUUUCCUCACCCUGCUGCCCUGCCUCUUCGCCAAGUCGUCCACCGUCUACAACCCCUUCAUCUACUACGCCUUCAGCAAGUCCUUCCGCCGAGAGGUCAGCGCGCUGAAGCCCUCCUGCCAACUCAGCAAGUCCAGCCAGAGCGACUCGGACAACCAGCCCGCGGUCCACUGGAAGAGGGGAGGGCACUUGCAAGUCCUGCCCCAGCCCUGCAUGUGCGAUACAGUCAGGGUAGGAGGAUACCUGGAGGAGAGAGGUCUGCCUACAGUGGAAAGAACAGGGGGACCUGGGGGAUCUGUUCCGUAA